AUGCCAGUAAACUCCAAUGCCCUUAGAAAAUUAGUUGAACUUGAAGCCAAAAUUACUGCUACGCAAUCAUGUUCUCGUCCCAACCAGCCAUUUUCUCCAAUCGGAGCAAGUCCGUACUCAUUGCCGGAGAACCAUACUUCCGCACCCCAUUCGGCGCCGGAAGUGCGCCGGCGGUUGGUGCCCAGAGACGAUUUUGGCAGCUCUAGAGGAAAGGGGUCAGAAAGUUAUCGAGCAUUUGCUUCAGAAAGUGACAGUCUUUACAGACGGAGAGGAGGAGGUUACAGAGGGGAAGAGGAUUCUGGAAAGUGCGAGGAGGAGGACGACGACGACGAUGAUUUUAGGGUUUUGAGUUCAUUCGUCAGGACCAGAGUGAAAACAGAAGUUCGCGACAAAAUCAAAGUGGAAACCGAAGACGACGAAUCGGAACACCCAUUAGUGAGAGAAACCUGCAGGUUGAUUGCUCUCAGGGCCGCGUGGUCCCCGGAUCAAGAAUCCGAGCUGAAGCAUCUAUUGCGCCGCCUGAAGCCGGGCCAAGUCUGUGCCGUACUACGGGCCCAGCCGGACGAGAGGGUUGCACUGGAAUUCUUCCUCUGGGCCCACCGGCAGUGGAGGUACAGACACGACCCACUCGUUUAUCACGUGAUGCUAAAGGUUCUUAGCAGGACCAAGCUUUGCCAGGGGGCUAAACGAGUCCUUUGUCUUAUGAUCCGAAGGAGGAUUGAGCUCCGGCCCGAAGAUUUCGGUUGCGUGAUGGUGUCUUUCAGUAGGGCCGGACAUUUGAGGAAAUCCUUGCAGAUUUUAACUCUUAUGCAGAAAGCAGGUGUUGGGCUUGAUAUAUCGGUUUGCAACACGGCAGUUAAUGUUUUGGUGGAAGGAGAUAAAUUGGAGAAGGCUUUGAGGUUUACGGAGAGGAUGAAGGCGGUGGGAAUCGAGCCUAAUGUAGUCACGUAUAAUUGUUUGAUUAAAGGAUAUUGUGAAAGGAACCAGCUUGAUUGUGCAGUGAAGGUGAUCGAUGAAAUGCCAAUGAUGGGUUGUUCUCCGGAUAAAGUGAGUUACGUGACUAUAAUGGGUUUUUUGUGCAAGCACAAAAAAAUCGAUGAACUGAGAGGGAUUCUUCAGAAAAUGCAGCAGGGAGUGAGUAAAUUGUCUCCCGAUCAAGCCACGUAUAAUACUCUCAUCCACAUGCUCUGCAAAAAUGGCCAUGCGGAGGAGGCUUUAGGGUUUUUACGUGAAGCUGAGAGAAAAGAUUUUUGCAUCGACAAAUCGGGGCACACUGCAAUAGUGAACUGCUUUUGUCGUGAGGGUAAAAUGGAUAAGGCUAAGGCCGUUGUGGAUGAGAUGCUGUUAAAAGGAUGCAACCCUGAUGUCGUGACUUAUACUGCCGUUCUUGAUGGGUUCUGUCGUUUGGGAGAGAUGGAACGAGCUAAAAAUUUGCUAAAACAGAUGAGCAAACAUAACUGCAGGCCCAACUGUGUAUCUUAUACAGCCUUGUUAAACGGGCUCUGCCGAAAAGGAAAUUCUUCGGAGGCUAGAGAGAUGAUGGACAUGAGUGUGGGCUGCGGGUGGAGGCCCAAUGCCGUGACUUAUAGCGUAAUCAUGCACGGAUUUCGUCGUGAAGGGAAAUUUUCCGAGGCCUGUGACGUUGUAACUGAAAUGAUCGGGAAUGGGUUUUACCCAUCUCCCGUCGAGAUUAACCUCUUGAUCAAGUCUCUUUGCCAGGCUGGCCAAACGGAGCAAGCGAAAAAAUUCAUGGAAGGGUGUCUGAAAAAAGGUUGCGCUGUAAAUGUCGUAAAUUUCACGACCGUAAUUCACGGGCUCUGCCAAGCUGGCGACUUGGACUCAGCCCUUUCGGUUUUCGACGAUUUGUAUUUGAAUAACAAACACCCGGAUGAGGUGGCGUACAAUGUAAUUAUAGAUGCACUGGGAAAGAAUGGUAGAAUAGGUGAAGCUGUUCAGAUGACUCAGAAGAUGCUUCAUUGUGGCCUUUUGCCUACUCAGUUCACUUAUAAGUCUCUCAUCCAUAAUUUUUGCCAGCAUAAGAAAGUAGAUGAUUUGUCGAGACUGAUCGAGAAAAUGCUCAGGAGGGGAAAAUGCGAGACGGUUUAUAACCAGUUUAUUGAGAAGCUUUGCAGUUUGGGUUAUGCGAAUGAGGCUUAUAGUCUUUUGGGGAGAGUUUUGAGAAAGGGCUGUAGAAAGGAUGCUGAUACGUGUCACGUUCUUAUGAGAAGUUAUUUGAAAAAUGGGGAUCCAAUUGGGUCAUAUCGAGUGGCUUGUAGAAUGUUUAAGCAGAAUUUGGUGCCCAACUUGAAGCUCUGUGAGGAAUUUGAGUCGGAUAAAGGGAUUACUUUCAAGAAUCGGUUAUUGAAUGCAAUAGAGAGGGAAAGAAAGAAAGAACUGAGAAAGAGACAAACGGAAAAUGAAAGAACGGAUGCUCGAUCGUUUAUUGCUGUUAUUGAAUAA